AUGCCUCGACGAUGCCUCAUCCCGCACUGUCGUUCGGGCACACGCCCAAUACCAAAUUCACCAGAAGGCAUUUGGGUCACCAAUGCUAUGCUGGCUCGAGCAGUUGAGCGAUUCCAUCAUGUCUAUCCUGUCCCCCGAAGGAGUUUGAGCUCUUGUCCAGGUCCGCUUGAGAGCCGACGCCGCCUGGGCAAGCGACAUAUGACAGCAAUUGUCCCCAAUUCUCAUCCUUCACCUUUUCCUUGGUCAAUUGAGUUACCUAUCGACCUCGGCAAAUGGAAAUGGGAGGCACCGACUCGACCCCAAGAUCGACGGCAUAAAAAGUUUGGCUUGUUUGAGCGUUUUCUCAGAUCUCUGGAGGAUAUAGACUGUGCAGAGAGUCCACCCAUCACCACUACAACAGUGCCGCAAACAACGACUCUCUCGCCCAUAGAACAAUCCCUCGCCGAGCUCAGCGAAAAUCUUGCCUCAUUUGGACACGUUGAAGAUGGAAGAGCAUUGUACAAAGUAUGCGAACCCUACCUUCUAAUGGUUUUAGAUAUGAUCGACGAGAAGACGAUAUCAGCAGACGAUCUUAUCCUCUCACUUAACCCCUUCGACGAAGCUAUCAAAAGCCGUGUCCCAGCUAAAGUUCUCGACUAUGUGCUCGCGAGGCAAUGGAUUUCAAUCAUUCAUUGCAUUUACGACAACCGAAUUCGCCCUACCAGCGAUGUUUUUGGUGGACAUUUAUGGUACCAAUGCCUCAAUACAGCACUCCAGAUGACACCUCAGGCUACGACUUUCGACUUUCUAGAUGAACUGUUAAGACUAACUCGACAGUUUGAAAGAAUCCUUUUGGAUCCCGACGACUACAUUGCCGUUAUGCGUGCCCAUCUUCUCCUGGAAGCAUGUCAGGCCCAGCAAAAACCUUCGCGGCCUCUGUCAACUCGAAUUUUACGCCGGAAUAUUUAUUUAUCUCGGAUGUUGGGUGUUACGGGUCCAUCGAAUAUGGAUGUCUAUCAACAAUUAUCUCAGUUCUGCCUCGAGAACAGUACAGAUACCACAGGGCGACGUACACUGGCGUACCACUUAUUGCUCAAACUAGCCACUACCCCUGAUCUCAAGAUAAGGGAAUUCACGAAAUUGGUUCAAGGUGCCCUCGACACAAGCGAGUGGACCGAGUCAGAAGUCUGGCAAUUCGCAGCUCUUCGCCUCAUGAACCAGAGUCAAUGGAAGUUGCGCCCAGAAUAUUUACAACAGUGGUCCGAAACCCCCUCAAUACUUCAUUCUUGGGCGGCCUUACUCGAUUCUGCUUUCCACCGACACGCGAAGAAGCGCAAAGCUAACCUUAGGGCGCUUUCAUUCACCAGUGACGCAUGUGGUCAACUUGGUACAUUAAUGAAGGCAGUCCGUCUUUUGCCAAACCACAACGCGAUUGUCUCUGACAUGGUAAAAACGGAAGAGGAUCCUCACCAUGCACUCACCAUCUGGGAAUUCUACAAUGAAGAACAGACAAAUCCGGAUAAAUUACCCUGGUAUGCAUGGGCGCGUCACUUGGAGGUCAUCAUAACAGAUGCCGAUCUACCUGCCGAUCUCAUAUGGCGGGUUGCCGAAUUUCACCCCCAAAAGUCCUUGAACAAGUUGAAUAAUCCUAUCAGGCAUGGCAUAGUCUAUACAAUGGAUUUUCUCGUGGAGAUAGGGAAGCUCUACAUGAAGCGAUCUGGUAUGACAAUGCGAGCGCGUCUAAGAUAUAUCGAAAAGGUCAUCAACUUCGGCAAAGCUUCCAGGCAACCCUUGCCUCAGUCUUUGGUGCAAAUGCUUGCUGAGGUUAUACUCAAAGAUCUUGAGAUGGGCAAGAUGGGCCGCAAAGCACGACUUGCAUACCUGGUCAGGAAGAUAGAGCAGUUUUGCGGAAAAGAACAGGCACAAAAGGUUGCGGUAUCAAUUGAUGGGUGGAGAUGGACCAACAGAAAUCGAAUGACACAGACGCUACCAUUGCCUUCUCCCAGCUCAUUACAUCAGCAAGAGACCCCACGCAGGGAGUCUCACAGUCACUCGAAGGAUGAGGCGGAGAGAGAUGAUGUCAAGUCACUCCUGAAACUCGAGCGUCGAGAAGUACAAACGCCGGCUAUGGCGAGUGCAAGCUUUUAG